UUGUUUGAAAACAGAGUGAAUUUCGCUAGUGCUAAAGUCACUGAAGCAAAACAGAGAGUGGAGUCUAGAAAAAUCAUUUACCAAUAAAAAGAGAAGGAGAAGUUGAGCAUUGUGUAAGAAAAAAGUCUGGCAAAAACAUUAGGAAGGUUCCAUUUUAGUAUAGAAAUAUAGAAACAUUACGAAAAUGAUUUGUCCAAAUAAUAAUGGUGAAGCAAAGCAAGGUUGAUAUAAAAUGACCGGAGUCCUAAGUUGAAACACGAAAAAGCUAAGCUUGUGGAAAAAGAAAAAGUCUUUUAGCUUGAAUAGACGCGUUUAAAGAGACCGAUGGCACGUGCUUCUCCUUUUCCGGCUUCAUAUAAGGGCUAAGUCGAAAACCAACAAUUACUUUAGGGAGGGCCAUGUUCAACCAUGAUUCCUUCUCCGCUUUCAGCGACUGCAACAGCGACAGAUCCGCCGAAUUUCCCACGCCGUCUUCUGAGAAUUCCGACGAACUCAUUCGGCAACUUGUUCUCAAAUUGGUCUCCUGUUCCAUUGAGGAACAAAAACAAGCGACGAUGGAAAUCAGGUUACUCGCCAAGAACAAGCAAGAGAACCGCCCCAAAAUCGCAAAAGCCGGCGCCAUUCAGCCCUUGAUUUCACUCUUACCAUCAUCAGACCUUCAGCUUCAGGAAUACGUGGUGACCGCGAUUCUGAAUCUCUCCCUCUGCGACGAGAACAAGGAGCUCAUCGCUUCUCAUGGAGCGGUGAAGGCGCUGGUGGCGCCGCUGGAGAGAGGGACGGCGACGGCGAAGGAGAACGCGGCGUGCGCCUUGGUUCGUUUAUCGCACAACAGGGAGGAAGAGAAGGUGGCGAUAGGGAGGGCGGGGGCGAUUCCGCAUCUGGUGAAGCUUCUAGAAGGAGGGGGAUUGCGCGGGAAGAAGGACGCGGCGACUGCGCUCUACGCGCUGUGUUCGGCCAAGGAGAAUAAGGUGAGGGCGGUGAGGGCGGGGAUUAUGAGGGGGCUGGUGGAGCUGAUGGCGGACUUGGGGUCGAGCAUGGUGGACAAGGCGGUGUACGUGGUGAGCGUGGUGGUGGGGGUGGCGGAGGCGAGGGCGGCGCUGGUGGAGGAAGGAGGGAUUCCGGUGCUGGUGGAGAUAGUGGAGGUGGGGACGCAGAGGCAGAAGGAUAUUGCGGCUGGGGUGUUGUUGCAGAUUUGUGAGGAGAGUGUGGUGUACCGUACUAUGGUGUCCCGCGAAGGAGCCAUUCCUCCAUUGGUUGCUUUGUCCCAGUCAAAUUCCAAUCGCGCCAAGCAAAAGGCUCAGAAACUAAUACAACUUCUACCACAACCAAGAUCCGCCAAUGGCGCUGCUCCCACCUCGGAAAUGCCACCAAUCCAACACUGAAACUCCAAAAACUUGUAAAUAAAGCUUUCUUGUAUAUGUGUGUGAUUUAAAUUAUGCCAGCUUAGUACUUUGUUUUGAUUCCCUUUUGCCAAUCUCUCUUGAAUUAUGGAGUAAUAUUUUACACUUUUUAUUU